AUGAAGCCCCCCGGGGCCGUGGGGACGCUGCUGCGCGCUCUCGGCCGCCGCGAUGGCCCCGACGCGGUAGGAGCGGGGCCGGGUCCCCGUGUGCGCGGGGGUCUCGCGUGGGCCGCGGCCGCCCCCACCCGCCCCACACACGUUCCGCGAGCGGAGCCUGCGCCGGGGGGCGCCCUGUGGGGGCUGCGGGGCGCCCCUGGGACCCCACGGGCUCGUGUGCAGAGUUUGCAAAGUCGCCGCCCACAAGAGAUGCGAGAGCAAGGUGACGUCACCGUGCCAACCUCUGCCCCCGCCCGAGCUGAGGCGGAACACGGCCCCGGUGCGGCGCAGCGAGCGCGUGGGCUCCUCGCUGGACAGCGCCCCCCAGCGGAGCACGCUGCCCAGGCCCCGCCCACCGCUCCGAGCCCCGCCCAUUGGCCCUUCAGCCCCGCCCACUAA